AUGUUACUAUUAAUCCUUCUGAUACUUAUCCAAUUUUCUAAUACUAGUUAUCAUGUUGCAUGUCGAAAUGCUAGUCUUUAUGAGAUACCAUUGAAUUUAAUAGAAUUUCUUCAAAUAACUGACCAUCAAAAUCUUAUCAUAGAUUUAAGUUCAAAUUUUCUUUCAAUAUUAUCUUGUAAAAUUUUUCAAAUAUCAACAAUAAUUCAAUUAAUAUUAACAAAAAAUAAAAUUGAAUAUAUUCCGUCUUGUUUUUCUCAAUCAUCCAUAGAAAUUCUUCUUAUAAAUCAAAAUCGUCUUCAAUUUAAUCAAACAACAAUUUUAUCAAGUUCAAAAUUAAUUUUUCUUGAUAUAUCUCAUAAUAAAAUCUUACAAUUACCUCGAACAUUCUUCUUUCAUCUACGACGACUACGUACAUUGAUAUUAAAUGGUGAAAAUAAAUUAUUUGAAAAAAAUAAUGAUCAAUGGAUUCGAUCAUUAACAACACGAAAUCAACUUACAAUUAUAAUAUGUGAUGAAAAUUUUCAUUUACCUUUAUGUCUUUUUGAUAAUUUAUUUCAAUCAAAAAAAUUAUUUGCAAUUGAAUUGAAUACAAAUAUUCAUUGCGAUUGUUCUUUUGUAUAUGUACCUUUAGAAAAAAUUCAUUUUCAAUAUUGUCAAUCUAAUUAUUUAGAACAACAAGGUAAAUGUAAUGAUCAAUCAUCAUCUGAUUUUAAAUUAGAUCAAUCAUUGAUACAUUUACAAACUGAAAAUUAUCGUCAACUAUGUGCUAAAGACUAUGAAACUUGUCAAAAUAUACAAUUAAAAAAAAAUUUUGAAUUAACAACCAAUGAUUUUGAUAUGCCUUUAAGCAUUAUUAAUCAAUCAGAAUUAAUAAUAUCAUCAAUUAAAAGUUCUUCAACAAAUGAAUUUAUAACAACGACAAUAACAUAUGUUGUUAAUGGAACAUCUUCAAAGAGAGAAAAUAUAACCGCAGGUGCCAUUAUUCCAUUGGUACUUAUUUUACUUAUUGUAACAAUAGUCUGUCUUUAUAUUAUUCUAUCGGGACAAUUUUUUAAAAUGAAAAAUCGUGAAAAAUUUAUAGAUUUAAUUAAUAGACGGAAAAAACAACAAGAUAUAUCAAGUGUUACCCCAAGUGGUAAUUUAGAUAAAUAUUCAACACGAUUCAAUGAAAUUGCACCAAUUGAAAAUAUAAAUAUGAAUUCGAAUCGUCAAAAUAAUUUUUUUCAAUCAUAUCAUCAACAAAAGACUUCAUAUUCUGAUGAUGAAACUGAUCUUACAUUUUAUAGUAUUAUUGAUAAUAAUGAUUCGUCAACUUCAUUUAUUCAAUCUUCAAUGACUGAAAUUGAAAUAGCAUCAUCAACAUCAACAAUAAACUCUUCAUUAUCGAGUGAAACUAUUGUAAUGUCUCAUGAAAAUAAACAAAGAAUAUAUUAA